CGAAAAAAAAUUAAAAAAAAUAUAAUAUCACCGGAAACGAUUUCAUCGGCGAUUCCAAGACUUUUCCAACCUUGUAAAAAAGCUUUUAGCUUUAAAGCAGAUCCGGUGACCAAAAUUUUCAAAAUCAAACCUAAAAACUUAUUAGGGUUUGCUUAAUCCAGGAGACGGAGGUGUUAUUCAAUUCCUCCUCACCCCUCCGCCGUCGUUUAAGAUGAUGAUUUCCAGAGGUUUGUUCGGUUGGUCUCCGCCGCAUAUACAACCGUUAACUCCUGUCUCUGAGGUUUCCGAGCCUCCUGAGUCUCCUUCUCCUUACCUCGAUCCUGGUGCUGAGAACGGUGGUACGGGCACGGCGACGCAAGCAGAGGAUGAGGAAGAUAUGGAGGAGCCUGAGGAGAUGGAGCCUCCUCCUGCUGCUGUUCCUUUCUCUCAGCUCUUCGCUUGUGCUGAUCGUUUUGAUUGGGUUCUUAUGGUUUUUGGAUCCCUUGCUGCUGCUGCUCAUGGUACUGCGCUUAUUGUCUACUUGCAUUACUUUGCCAAAAUUGUUCACGUCCUUGCCCUUCCCAGUGAAUCCGAUCACCGGAUUAGUGAUGAUCAGUUCAAUCGCCUUUUCGAGCUUUCGCUGACUAUUGUAUACAUCGCUGGAGGUGUUUUCGUAUCUGGUUGGAUUGAGGUCUCUUGCUGGAUACUGACUGGAGAGAGGCAGACUGCUGUGAUCAGGUCAAAGUAUGUACAAGUACUACUAAAUCAGGAUAUGAGUUUCUUUGAUACAUAUGGGAAUAACGGGGAUAUAGUGAGCCAAGUGCUGAGUGAUGUCCUACUCAUUCAGUCAGCUCUAAGCGAAAAAGUUGGAAAUUACAUUCAUAACAUGGCAACAUUUAUCAGUGGUCUUAUCAUAGGUUUUGUUAACUGCUGGGAAAUUGCGCUCAUUACGUUAGCAACCGGUCCUUUCAUUGUUGCUGCUGGAGGCAUAUCGAAUAUAUUUCUCCACAGACUUGCUGAAAAUAUUCAAGAUGCAUAUGCUGAAGCAGCCAGCAUUGCUGAACAGGUAUUCAAAUUUUUAGGUUUAUCUUUUCAAAAUAUUGCAAUUUGAUUGAUGAAUUAUGUU